AGGUCCCGGCUGAUCCAGGGCCCCAGGGGGGUUCCAUUUUGAGAGACCCCGCACCCCAGCCCGGCGCUCCGGCCGUCUCCGCACUUACAGACCCGGGGGAAGGCCGCCGUCAGGAUCCGGCACCGCCAGGAGCUCCGGCCCCUCGGGGCUCCGGGAAGGGGGAGGGGCAGGGAACCCGAGCCAAAGGGGGACCCAACGGAACCGGAAGGGCAGCCCUGGCCGGACAAAGACAACUUCCAGGUCCCAUGGUCCUCUCCGCCAAUCGGAAGGCUCGGAGGACAACAGGGGCCCCGAGAGGGAAUUUCUGCGUUGUGGGCGGGGCGCAGACGGAGGGCACUGUACUCUCGGCACUAGCUUCACUGCCUACUACCCCGAGGUGCCUCAGCUUGUAAGCGUCUGCGGCUCAGGCCCUGUGCGCCUCGCAGGGACCCGCUGCUCGGGACCCCCGUCUCAGCGGCUCUUCUGUAGCUGGGCCUAGACGGUGCGCUGCCUCCUUGGGCCUGAAGGGCUCCUCUGCACUUAAACUUUGGCAUUAAAAAAUAUUUAAUCAUUCAUGUGUUGAGACUCAUUCUUGAGUUAUGGAUGACAAGGCUUCUGUUGGAAAAAUCAGUGUCUCUUCAGACUCAGUGUCUACUCUUAAUAGUGAAGAUUUUGUCUUGGUUUCCAGGCAAGGAGAUGAGACACCGUCUACAAAUAAUGGAAGUGAUGAUGAGAAAACAGGACUCAAGAUUGUAGGGAAUGGGAGUGAACAGCAGCUGCAAAAAGAGCUAGCAGAUGUACUGAUGGAUCCUCCAAUGGACGACCAGCCAGGGGAAAAGGAGCUUGUGAAAAGGUCACAACUGGAUGGUGAAGGAGAUGGGCCUCUUUCUAAUCAGCUCUCCGCUUCAUCCACCAUUAACCCUGUGCCAUUAGUAGGGCUCCAAAAACCAGAGAUGAGCCUACCAGUGAAACCUGGACAAGGAGAUUCUGAAGCUUCAAGUCCUUUCACACCAGUGGCCGAUGAGGACAGCGUAGUUUUCAGUAAACUGACUUACUUAGGCUGUGCCUCGGUAAAUGCUCCCAGGAGUGAAGUGGAAGCCUUAAGGAUGAUGUCCAUUUUAAGAAGCCAGUGUCAGAUUUCACUAGAUGUUACCCUUUCAGUGCCAAACGUGUCUGAAGGAAUUGUGAGACUCUUAGAUCCUCAGACAAACACUGAAAUAGCAAACUACCCUAUCUACAAAAUCCUCUUCUGUGUCAGAGGGCAUGAUGGAACUCCUGAGAGUGACUGUUUUGCUUUCACUGAAAGUCAUUACAAUGCAGAGCUCUUCAGAAUACACGUCUUCCGGUGUGAAAUACAAGAAGCUGUAAGCCGGAUACUUUACAGUUUUGCCACUGCCUUCCGCCGUUCUGCCAAGCAGACCCCACUUUCAGCCACUGCUGCACCCCAGACUCCUGACAGUGACAUCUUUACCUUCUCUGUGUCUUUAGAAAUAAAAGAAGAUGAUGGUAAAGGUUAUUUUAGUGCAGUUCCCAAAGAUAAGGACAGACAAUGCUUUAAACUACGCCAAGGAAUUGAUAAGAAGAUUGUCAUCUAUGUGCAGCAAACAACUAAUAAAGAACUUGCCAUUGAAAGGUGUUUUGGUCUUCUCCUUAGUCCAGGAAAAGAUGUACGAAAUAGUGACAUGCACUUAUUAGAUUUGGAAUCUAUGGGCAAAAGUUCAGAUGGAAAGUCGUAUGUUAUUACAGGGAGCUGGAAUCCAAAAUCCCCACAUUUUCAAGUUGUAAAUGAAGAAACUCCUAAAGAUAAAGUCCUGUUUAUGACCACAGCUGUAGAUUUGGUAAUAACAGAAGUACAGGAGCCUGUUCGAUUUCUCCUGGAGACAAAAGUCCGCGUUUGCUCACCUAAUGAAAGAUUAUUCUGGCCCUUCAGCAAACGUAGUACUACUGAAAAUUUCUUUUUGAAACUAAAACAGAUAAAGCAAAAGGAGAGAAAGAAUAAUACUGACACUUUAUAUGAAGUUGUAUGCUUGGAAAGUGAAUCAGAAAGAGAGAGGAGGAAAACUACAGCCAGUCCUUCAGUUCGCCUGCCACAGUCUGGAUCGCAGAGUUCAGUGAUACCUUCUCCUCCAGAAGAUGAUGAAGAGGAAGAUAAUGAUGAACCUCUCCUGAGUGGAUCUGGUGAUGUAUCCAAAGAAUGUGCAGAAAAAAUUCUUGAAACAUGGGGAGAACUGUUGUCAAAAUGGCAUCUCAACUUGAAUGUGAGACCGAAGCAGUUGUCAUCCUUAGUAAGAAACGGUGUCCCUGAAGCUCUUCGAGGAGAAGUCUGGCAGCUGCUAGCAGGCUGUCAUAACAAUGACCACCUGGUAGAGAAAUACCGCAUUCUUAUCACAAAGGAGUCUCCCCAGGACAGUGCUAUCACCCGGGAUAUUAACCGAACAUUCCCAGCCCAUGACUACUUUAAGGACACAGGAGGAGAUGGACAAGAUUCCUUAUAUAAAAUAUGCAAGGCUUAUUCUGUGUAUGAUGAAGAGAUUGGUUAUUGCCAGGGCCAGUCAUUUCUUGCUGCUGUGCUCCUUCUCCAUAUGCCUGAAGAACAGGCAUUCAGUGUUCUGGUCAAGAUCAUGUUUGACUAUGGGCUCAGGGAACUUUUCAAGCAAAACUUUGAAGAUUUGCAUUGCAAAUUUUACCAGUUGGAGCGCCUCAUGCAGGAAUACAUUCCUGACCUGUACAACCACUUCCUGGAUAUAAGCCUUGAAGCGCACAUGUAUGCCUCCCAGUGGUUUCUUACUCUUUUCACUGCAAAAUUCCCUCUCUACAUGGUCUUCCAUAUCAUCGACCUGCUUUUAUGUGAGGGAAUAAGUGUUAUUUUUAAUGUCGCCCUUGGAUUAUUAAAGACUUCGAAAGAUGACCUGCUGUUGACAGACUUUGAAGGUGCCUUGAAAUUCUUUAGGGUUCAGCUUCCUAAGAGAUACCGCUCAGAAGAAAAUGCAAAAAAACUAAUGGAAUUAGCCUGCAACAUGAAGAUUAGUCAGAAGAAGUUGAAAAAAUACGAGAAAGAAUAUCACACCAUGAGAGAACAACAGGCCCAGCAAGAAGAUCCCAUCGAGCGAUUUGAGCGGGAGAAUAGGCGUCUACAAGAAGCUAACAUGAGGUUGGAACAGGAAAAUGAUGACUUAGCCCAUGAGCUGGUGACCAGCAAGAUUGCACUGCGGAAGGACCUGGAUAACGCUGAGGAAAAGGCAGAUGCUCUGAAUAAGGAGCUGCUGAUGACCAAACAGAAGUUGAUUGAUGCAGAAGAAGAGAAAAGACGGCUGGAAGAAGAGUCUGCUCAGUUAAAAGAAAUGUGCCGUCGGGAACUCGACAAGGCAGAAUCUGAGAUUAAAAAAAACAGUUCUAUCAUUGGUGACUAUAAGCAGAUUUGUUCUCAGUUGAGUGAAAGAUUGGAGAAGCAGCAGACAGCCAAUAAGGUGGAAAUUGAGAAAAUUCGGCAAAAAGUGGAUGACUGUGAGCGGUGCCGGGAAUUUUUCAACAAAGAAGGGCGUGUAAAAGGCAUAAGCUCAACCAAGGAGGUUUUAGAUGAGGACACGGAUGAAGAGAAAGAGACGCUCAAGAACCAGCUGAGAGAGAUGGAGCUAGAACUGGCACAGACCAAACUCCAGCUGGUGGAGGCCGAGUGUAAGAUACAGGACUUGGAGCACCAUUUAGGGCUUGCCCUCAAUGAGGUGCAGGCAGCCAAGAAGACGUGGUUUAACCGAACACUGAGCUCCAUAAAGACAGCAACCGGGGUUCAAGGGAAAGAGACUUGCUGAGAGCAGCUGCCGCCUCCCGACACCUUCAGAAAAUACGACACCUUUUGUUGCCUUCUUUGGCCAGAUGUGUGAUUCUGUGACUUGUCCCAGGACCAGAAUGUACCUAAGUCAGAUCCAUAGUCGCAUGUUGGUAGGUCACUGGACCAGAGCUCGUGAAGCAGGCAACCUCUGGGGUAAGACUACUGAUACUAAUAGGCCUGCUAGCUCAGCCGACGCUCUGGGCACUCUAGAAAUCACUCCUCAGUGUGACCUCCCAGGCCUCUUCCCCGUGUACGUCAACACCUCACCCAGCCUGAAGGCUGAGUUUACAUGAUCAGAGUUAGGGGAUCCUUCAGUCUGUUGAUUUUUUUUCUAAACCUUUUUUUUUUUAAUAUAUAUAUAUUGUGGGGGUGGGGCAAGGGAUCAGAAAUUCAAAUAAUUCUUUUCUGCUUCAAUGCCAGCAGAAGGUCCCCCAGGUAGACAUGGAGAAGCACUUUGUUUUAAAUAGGAGGGUUUCAUAGUUGCAUCUGAAGCCACCUGGUUCUGUUAAACUGUAUCAUGUGCAGGUUUUGGGUUUGGCAUUAUUCAUGUUUCUGAUCAAUUCUAUGCAACUCUCAUAGUUCCUGUUACUUUUUAGCAUUAGCUGCCAAAUGACUUCAAAAGGCUGGGGUGGGUGACUUGACUGUGAGACUGGAUUAUAACAUGGACAAAUCUUAUUUUGCUUAAUGUGUUGUGUGUGUGUGUGUGUGUAUGUAUAUAUAUAAAUAUCUUUCCCAAUAUGCCCCCUUGACAGUGUUUAAAUACCAGACUAGGACUGCUGAUCUGCACAAUUUAAUUAUGUGGUUAUUUGAGCACUUAAUUUCACUCAAGGUUCAUUGGGCUCUGCUCUCCUCCCUGCCAUUACGGGAGCUGUGGACAGAGCUCUCUCACUUCAAGAUUCCUAGUGUUUUUGCACAACAGGUUGUCCAAGUGAGAAAGACUGAGUUGCGUGUCUGUAAAUGUCUGCACAGGGUGCACAUGCUGCGAGGUCUCCAUCCUCCAGGCCUGUCCCUCCCAGAUGGGCUGGGCCUUUGGGCCCUCCUCAGAGUAUGCCUGGGUGCAAACCUCACUGUUCAGAUGGGCUGUUUAAGUUCUCACUUCAAAGCUAUGGAAUGGAGAUUUUAGCACCUUUAAAAAAAAAAAAAAAAAACUUUGACUUUUAAUUUAUAUAGUGAUAUGCUGACAGGCUGACACGCAGAUAGUUUUGUCCUCUUUUCUGCGUUCAGUGUUGAGGUGGCUGCUUACAAGAGGCACUGGUUUUGUAUAUAAAGACACUCGGGUUGUUUUGUAGCUCUUUUUCUUAUUGGCUGUACUAACGCUUGCUGAGGUUAUCUGUAAUAAGGGAGGUAACAAGUGGCAACCCCCUCCCCACCAACCAUCCCCUUUGCUGCUUUCUGUGUCUUUCUUGUUCAGUUACCAAACUAGCUGUAAGCCUAUCUAAUGCUAGGUGUGUGGACAUUGUGCUAAGGUAGUUUCAGUGUGUCAACUUUAUGAAUUGAAAUAUAAACCAGUAAAAUUGUAUUACUGUUUCUUUUGUUGGUUUUAUUUUAACAGCAUAUUGAUUAAAUAUUUUGGUACAAACAGCA